AACAUUGUUAAACUUCUUGAAAACUGGUGAACAAAGAAGAUCUGGAACAGAGAACCCAAGAGAGAAAAAGCUUUUUGGGUUUCAAAAAGCAAACUGAAAAGAGCUGACUUUCUUUAAUGUCUUAACUAUAAAAGAGACGAUUGUUCCCUAAUCGCAAUUGUUUUAGCAUGGCAAUGGCGCCUGUAGUGAAGCUGGUCCUAGGCUCAAUAGCCUUCGCAAUAUUCUGGAUACUAGCGGUCUUCCCGUCCGUACCAUUCCUCCCAAUCGGUCGAACCGCCGGUUCCCUCUUCGGGGCCAUGCUCAUGGUCAUCUUCCAAGUCAUCACCCCCGACCAAGCCUACGCCGCCAUCGACCUCCCCAUCCUCGGCCUCCUCUUCGGAACCAUGGUCGUGAGCAUCUACCUCGAGAGAGCCGACAUGUUCAAGUACUUGGGCACGCUGCUCUCUUGGAGAAGCAGAGGACCCAAGGACUUGCUCUGCCGCGUGUGCCUCGUCUCCGCUGUUUCCAGCGCUCUUUUCACUAACGACACUUGUUGUGUGGUCUUAACCGAGUUCGUGUUGAAGAUCGCUAGGCAGAAGAAUCUUCCUCCUCACCCGUUUCUCCUCGCUUUGGCCACGAGUGCUAAUAUAGGCUCCUCCGCUACUCCUAUUGGGAACCCGCAGAAUCUUGUUAUUGCUGUUCAGAGCAAGAUCUCGUUCUGGGAGUUUCUUCGUGGAGUGUUUCCCGCGAUGAUCGUUGGGAUUACUGUUAAUGCUGUGAUGCUUCUCGCUAUGUACUGGCGGAUAUUGUCUGAUCAUAAAGAAGAGGAAGAGAAUGAAGUUUCUGAAGGUGUUGUUGCUGUUGAGGAAGAAGAUGUUACGUCCCAUCGAUUCUCUCCAGCUACGUUACCUCAUCUAAGCUCUUUCAGAUCGGAAGAAACUAACGGGAGAACGGAUCCUGAGACGCUCAGGAACAGAGGGGCUUCCUCUGGUGAGAGCAGUGCGUCUAGAGACCACCAAGCUGACACUGAGUCGCAAGGAGAGAGCUAUCCUACAACCAUCAACAGCAAUGUGUUGUUGUUUCAAACCAAGAGAUGGAGACGGGUUUUGUGGAAAUCAAGUGUUUAUUUAAUCACGCUUGGGAUGCUGAUCUCUCUGCUUAUGGGUUUGAACAUGUCUUGGACUGCGAUCACCGCGGCGUUAGCUCUUGUUGUUCUUGAUUUUAAAGACGCGAGGCCUUCUCUUGAGAAGGUGUCGUAUUCGCUUUUGAUCUUCUUCUGUGGGAUGUUUAUAACCGUGGAUGGAUUCAACAAAACUGGUAUCCCUACGGCUCUGUGGGAUCUCAUGGAGCCGUAUGCGAAUAUCGAUGAAGCUAAAGGAACCGCGGUGCUAGCACUUGUGAUUCUUGUCCUAUCCAAUGUAGCCUCCAAUGUACCAACAGUGUUAUUGUUGGGAGCAAGAGUAGCGGCAUCAGCGGCGGCAGGGGAGGAGGAGAAGAAGGCGUGGUUGUUGCUGGCGUGGGUUAGUACGGUGGCUGGAAACUUGACGUUGCUUGGUUCAGCAGCUAACUUGAUAGUGUGUGAGCAAGCUCGUAGAGCAGUGAGCCAUGGAUACACUCUCACUUUCACUAAACACUUGAAGUUUGGUUUACCUUCAACGCUCAUCGUUACGGCCAUUGGUCUCUACCUUAUCAAGUUUCGUCCGACGGACGAGGAGCUCGUGGAACAUUACCUCCGUCCGAAAAAUAACGGCGGCGGUUCCACCACGAGCAGCCAAAUCAUUAACACUGUCAAUAUCUGCAACCUUGAUCCUUGGGAAUUGCCUCCGCUGUCGAGGAUGGCGUCGAGUGAUCAGGUUUGGUAUUUCUUCGGACGCAAGGAAAGCAGAUACAACAGAGGUGAGCGACAGAAGAGGAAAACCAAGUCUGGUUUUUGGAAGAAAACCGGUAAGACCUUGCCUAUCACGCGAAAGAGCGGUAACCACGAAACCAUCGGUGAGAAAAGGGUUUUGAUGUUUUACACGAACGGUUCCAGAUCCAACUGGGUUAUGCACGAGUAUCGCGCUUCUUGCCUCUCUCCUAAUGACAGCGGUGCAUAUACAAUCUGCAAAGUACAGUUUAAGGGUGAAGCGAGUGAGAUCUCUUCUUCCUCCGUUGUCGACCAUGUUGUGCACACUCACUCUUUACCCUCUCCUAUGAACAAUCCUGUAGGAUCUGAGAGUCCAAGUCAGUUUAGUGGUAAUCAGCAAGCAAUGCAGUUUGAUGCUGAAACUGAGAUGGAUUUCGAAGAUUUGUUAAACUAUGAUUUGAAUAGCUUGCUUGAUUCUGACGGUGAUGAACAGAGUAAGCCUGCUUCCAUGCCAAGUCAACUACCAGUGUCUUCAUUGGUCAUAUAUAGCAGUGAUGAUGAUUAGUGAUUCUGUAACACGAUUUUACUAUGUCCCUUGAUCAACAAGAAAGGAGCUGUUUUUUUG